AUGAGGUUGCAAUGCGGCGUUCCGCAGAGGUCUUUCUUGUCCGUCCGCAAGUGCACUGAACAGCUACCUGACGAAGCAUAUAUAGACCGCUCUUUUCCUCUCGUCGUCUCCCCUUCCUCCCUUCCAUCCAUCAUCGUCCUUCGCACUUUUUGCUCCAUCCUCUCUGUCGUCCUCACACCAGACGUCUUGAAUUUCAGCGCUGUCUUCACCAUGCGCUACCACGACAUCAGCAAAACCAACUACGGCGGCCCGUUCAACUACAAGGCCUUCUUCAAAGUCCCGAUGGACGACGUUGAUUUCUUCUUGGCCGGCCUGUUCGACUUCCGCUUCAAGCACAACUAUCACAGGCUCCUGACCGAGACGUACUCAGAUGUCAACUCUAUCGGCACCUACGUCGUCGACUUCACGAUCAACGACUGGCGUGAUUCCGACUUUGUGCGCGAGGUCAGCCAGCUCAAGUUCUCGUACGAUGCGUUGAGCACGACAUUCGCGAGACCCACUGUGUCCUUUCCUCGCUCCAACAAAGUAGCAUCGGUGAUAUUCGGCAAGAUGGAAGGCGCAUGCCUCGAGGCCCUGCUCAGUGCCGUCGCAGCUCACCACAGUGUCAAUGCCUACAUCGCACGUAUGAGAGCCUUUCGCAUCGAGAGCGCUCGAUAUCUGCGAUGA